UCGCUCCUACUUAGCUGCUGUCGAUCCCGACCGACGCCGCCGAGAUGGCAGCUGCCGGCGCCCGAGGCCUGCGGGCCUCCUACCACCGAUUCAUGGAUAAAGUGGAGUUGUUGUUGCUGGAGAAAUUGAGGCCGCUAUACAACCACCCGGCAGGCCCCAGAACAGUUUUUUUCUGGGCUCCAAUAAUGAAAUGGGGAUUGGUGUGUGCAGGAUUAGCUGACAUGGCCAGACCUGCAGAGAAACUCAGCACAGCUCAGUCCACUGUGCUGAUGGCUACAGGAUUUAUUUGGUCAAGGUACUCACUUGUAAUUAUACCCAAAAAUUGGAGUUUGUUCGCUGUUAAUUUCUUUGUGGGGUCAGCAGGAGCCUCUCAGCUGUUUCGUAUUUGGAGAUAUAAUCAAGAACUCAAAGCUAAAGGAAUCCAGUAGGAGUUCCUGAUCACCUGAAACAUCCAGAUGUGGACAGAAACAUUGGAACCUAGUUUAUUUAAUUAUUGAUAGGUGAUGAUAACUGUCCUGAUAACAUUUGAAAAGAAUGAAAAGAAUCUAACUGUAAUUAAUAGCUAGCACUUGACUCCACAGAAAAAUAAAGCAAACUUUUAAUAACA